AUGGAUUCACAAAACCUCGAGAGAAUAAACAGUAUGCUCGAUGCUGAGGUCGAGAUAAGAGAAAAAAUCAAGGAGCAAGUAACAGAAUUCGACAAAAGGACGAGGACGCUCGUUGGGAUCCUCAACAGGAUUCAUUCCACCCGCUCAGAGAAGAUGUCGACACUGCUCGAUCAGGCUCGUCCCGUUCUUGACAGCUGCCGCGAGACAACCGCUGCGCUAGCAGACAUAGUUCCACCCGACCAGUUCUGGAAGUGGAAGGACAUGUGGAGCCUGUCGCUACGGAGCGCUGUCUUCUCAGCGACGCUCAUGGAGUACCUGAAAAGCGGAACCCUUCUUUCACUGCCCGCUGUUGCGGAGACACUCGGCUUCAAACCGGAGUGGAAGGAUAGAGUCACCCUUGCUGUGGAAGACUAUCUUCACGGAGUGAUCACGCUGGUGAACGAAUUGUCCCGCCUCGCCGUCAACUCUGUUACCUUAGGAGAUUUCGAGCAACCCAUCAAGAUUUCCUUGUUUGUGAAGGACAUAUUCGCCGGAUUCUCUAUGCUCAACUUGAAGAACGACACACUCCGGCGCCGUUAUGACAGUGUGAAAUACGACAUCAAGAAGAUCGAAGAAGUGGUCUAUGAUGUCUCACUUAGGAAGCUCGCUCCGUCCGCCCAGGAGAAGGCAGAGUGAUGACUGUUAGCUGGACAAGUAGAAGAUGUAACGUGACCAGGCCAGAGGAAGUGGAUCCUUGAUAGGCUGCGUACUCACCACGGUAGAGAUGCAUAACUGUAACAGUAAUAGCGUGAUAAAAUGAUGGAUUAGU